AUGGAUUUCAUAAUAGAUACUAUUGGGGAUGAUGAACUUCAAAAUAAAACAGAACUAAUCGACCAAAGUACAACACCUUAUUUUAUAGAGAAGGAAAAUAUUCAAUCAUCUAUCCUAGAACUAUUUGAUCAAAAGAAACAGGAGCUUGAUGCACAAUUGGAAUCUGAAGAACAAUUGCAAUUGAAACUGAAAAAUUUAAAAUUAGAUAAUGUAUUUGAUCAUUUCUUUGAAGAAAUGGGCUGGUCUCAAUCUAUAAUAUUGAAAAAAGAAAAUAAAAAGAGACUAUUUCAUUUUGACCAGUUAGACAUAGAAACGGGUAAAUUGAAAUCCAAUCUUGGUGGUGUUGAUGUUGAUAAAGAAAUGAGAAAUAGCGUAUUUAAGCCUGGAGUAGAACAAGAACAUGCAUUACCAAAAUAUAAUGUCAGUGAGAAGCAGUUAAAGGCCAUGCGAAGGAAAGAAAGAGAGAAGACCAAAGGACCAGGAUGGUUCAAUUUGCCUGCACCAGAAAUCAAUGAGGAACUGAAAAAUGACCUUCAAAUUCUCAAAAUGAGAUCUGCAUUGGAUCCCAAAAAGUUCUACAAGAAAAAUGAUAUGGAAGUAUUACCUAAAUACUUCCAGGUUGGCCGCAUAAUGGAUUCUCCUCUAGACCAUGUCAAUCAAAGACUUACCAAAAAACAAAGGAAACGGACCAUGGUUGAUGAGUUAUUGGACGAUGCGGCAUUCCAAAAGUAUAACAAGAAGAAAUACAAAGAAAUUGUUGAUGAAAAGAGGAAAACAGAGUACAGGACUUUUAUGAGGGAUAAGAGACAGAAAAAUAAAGCUGAACUGAAGAAAAAUAAAUUGAAAGCUAAGAAUAAUAAAUAA